UCAAUGUAUCACAGGCCUGCACAGUGAUCUGCCCGUCUCGACCUGAAAGCAAAAUAAUGCCUCCAAAGAAGUGGUUUUUGAAAAGAAAAGCAAAUAAACGCAAGGAACAAGUCCCCAUUGAAAAAAGUCAAGAAGAGCGAGAUGAAACCGUUGCCACAAGUUCUCAGCAAUCACCCGGCAGUGCUGGAAGUGAAAGUAUAACCCACGUGCCUCUACAUGUGCAGGAGUCAAAUACCGAUACAGAUGUAUCUGACACCGGGCCCCAAAUUAAGAAGAGGAAGGAAAAGGUUUCGUCAAAUUUCACAGUCGCAGAAGAAGACGCCAUGAUUGAAUGGCUUAAAGAACACCCGGAAUUAUACAAUAAAAAAAUGUCUCAAUAUAAAGAUCAAAGAAGGAAAGAAUCCCUGUGGCGGGAGCAGGGCAACAGAAUGGGAAAAGACAGUGAAAUACUAAAAAUUUGGUAUAAAAGUAUCCGCACACGUUACGGGAAGCUCAUGAAGAAACAGUCUGGUCAGGCAGAUCAAGAACUAACAGAUAGGGACAGAUGGGUCAUAUCCAACCUUCAAUUUCUCCAAAUCCACAUAGAGCGUGUGCACAGAAGGACCUUAGUUAAUCUAAAAUCGCCUGCAGUGUCCAUGAAUUCGGCUUCAGCCGCAGUAAAUCAAGCUCCCAGUGAUGAUGUAGCUGACAAUCCCACUGAUCCUGAUGACCCAUAUGCAUCAGAUGCCAGAGACCCUACUCCACCGAGCAGUUACUCAGGCCUCAACCCGCCGCCUCGGCCUCCUAGAGGACAGCUCAGCACCCGCAAAAAAAGAAGAGGUGAAGAGGAUGAUCAACUUUUGACGUCACUUCAGGAUCAGGGCACACAUCUUAUUUCCAUGCAGCAACAGCUACUUGAGCACCUCAAACCACAGGGUGACCAGGAGAGACUGGGAUUUGCUGAUUUUGUGAGGUCAACUCUUAUGACUUUUAACCAUGAAUGUUGGCGACGCUGUCAGAAAGACAUGACGCAGUUGCUGUGGCGCUACAUAGAUGAGAAUGAUGCAGCGAGCAGAUUACAGCGACUUCCAUUUGCCUCUAACCCAAUUCACCCAAUUCCUACACCUGCUACUACGCCAUGCUACCCUGCUCCUCCGCCGGCAUUAGGCUUAUCUGGACAAACAGCGACUCAGACACUUUGGCAGCACCCACCCAACCAGUGGCAAACCAACCCUGAAAAUCCAACAUAUGUUUGGGGUUCAGCUGAGUCACGCUGGCCGCAGCAAGGGCUCCCCCAGUUUCACGCCUCGUGUUUGCCUCAGAAACGCCCUUGGACAACCCCCUCAGUUCCCUCUGUCUGCAGCACACCGCCCUCCCUUCAUCUAAGUUGUGUUAGCCUCCCAAGGGACCUGGACACCGAAAAUCAGCAGGCUGCCUAUCAGUCUAACCCGGCUAAAGCAAAUGAGGGAGGGGGGGGAAAGUGGUUGUAUCAGUGA